AUGAGCUACGAGGAUGUCAUGGCGGACGGAGCCCUCGACGACCCGGAGGCGGCGGGCUCGUCCCCGCCACCCGCUCCCGGAGCGAGCCCUCGCCUGGUGGACCUCAUCCGGUCGCACGGCGUAGCCCUCGUCCGCGGCGUCCCCACAGACGAGAAGGGCACCGAGGCCCUGGCGCUAAGGAUCGGGGGCCACCUGCGCAGCACGCUGUACGGCCCCGGCAUGUGGGCCACAUCCGCGGAGGCCUCCGCGGGGGAGGAAGGGUUCCGGGACAGCGCUUACUCCAACGACGGCCUGGCGCUGCACACGGACUGCGGGUACCUCGCGGACCCGCCGGGAAUCCAGGUGUUCAACUGCGUGGUUCGAGCGCAAGAGGGCGGCGCGAGCAUCUACGUCGAUGGUUUCGCGGUGGCGGACCGGCUCCGCGCCACAAACCCGGAGGCCUUCGAGUUUUUCUCCAGGACCUCCAUUUCCUACCAGUGCUUCGACGAGGGGUGCCACUACAUGGCGGAAGGCCCGGUGUUCCGGCUGGGGCCUCUCGGCGAGGUGGUUCAGGUGAGGUACAACGACUACGAUCGAGCACCGCUGGACUACCUGCCGAACGAGGACAUUGACCGCUUCUAUGAGUACCACGCGUCCUUGUCCGAAAUCAUACGGGACCCGUCCUUGGUGGCGCGCAUCGUUCUCGAGCCCGGAGAGUGCGUCAUUCUGGACAACCACCGAGCGUUGCACGGCCGGGAGUCUUUCAAGGGACGAAGGCGCAUGGUGGGGUGCUACUUGGGCAUGGAUGAGUUGCACUCGUCAGCCCGCGUCCAAAGGAUGUAGCGGCCGUGAUGCGUUGGGCGGUAAACAGUUGCAGUCUGGUUCUGUUGUUGAUGGUGUUGUCGUGAUCGCUGUCCACGCCGCCACCGCCGCUGGUAGAUUGUGCUCUGGUGGUGGUAGUGGGUGGUGGUGGUGAUGGUGAUGGUGGUGGUGGUGGUGGUGGUUGUUUCUCACGCCCGUGGCUGGGACGAGAGCUAUAUGCCCGUUGGCUCACGAAGAGGGGGGAAAAAUUGCAAGAAGGUUGGCUUGCUUCGAUGCAUGUACGUACAUAAAAGGAAUCACAUACGUGUUGUGUUCAUUCAGUUCAGGUGUGGGGGGGGGGGGGGGGAUCCUUCGGAAGUGCUGGCGGUGGUUGCACCGAAAAGAAUGGCGUUGAUUUUUGUGUAAGGAAGGCAGCAAAGUAUUGUUGUAGAUUACAGAGCGCAGGCUGGGGCCGUGAGGGUCAGCAUGACGUAUAUAUAUAUGUUCGUUCGUAGCAUGCGCACCGUGUCGACGGCGGGGGGGCCUAAGGCUGGUGGACGAGGGGGUGACGCGGAUUUUUCUCGACAAAAUGAUAUUUUAUUAUGAUUGGGCGAAUACAUACAUAUAUUUCUAUACAGAAAUUGUUUGUCCGUGUGGAGGUGGAGCAUGCAGGGUCACCUGUGCGGGGUGUAGCACCGGUGUCGUAAUCUGAUUGCCUGGUGUCGGGUAUCACCGGUCGGUGUCGUAAUCUUACAGUAGCCGCCCACACGUGCAUUUUUUAGGUAAAUGUAUGUUUAUGUGUGGAAUGGUGUGGCAUGGCAUGGCGUGGCGUGGCAUGGCAUGGCAUGGCAUGGCAGGUGCAACCCCCGACGGUGAAAUCACCCGGCCUAGAAGGGGUACAACGAUAGACUCCAUGAUAACUUUCUUGAUUGUUUUCUUGUUUGACCGGUGGUCUUUGAUUAUUUUUCUUCGUAAUUUUGAUUGGCAUCGCGUCCCGAGCGGGAGUGAUGAUGAUGUCUCUGUAUAUUUUCGCAUCUCCUUUUUGCCCGAAAUAACUCAUGGCGACGUGUGACUGCUGUGAACAGUUCUUGUGACGCUGGGACCUUCCCGCAUCUAUUAUUCAUUUGUGGUUUGUUUCGCGCUCUUCGUGUAUUGCCGAGUUCGUGAUGCGUUUUCGGGGGCCCUUUCUUGUUCUCCUUUGAAUUUAGAAAUAAAUGUGCACCCUUUUCUGGGUAGUUGGCCUUUUACCACGGAAAGGGGCCCGUCCUCGUCAGUUGGACCGGCGGUACAAUAUUCCGUGCAUGUUUGAAGGUACGAGAAGAGACCGGAACGGUAUGGUCUACAAUGUGAAGGACGACAACAACGGCUG